CCGUCGUGUCAACUAGAGUCCACGCCGAGCAGCUGAGGAAUCGGCAGCUGCCUGGAGUUUGAGUGUGGGCUGUGUGGGUUGUGGGCGAGUUUACGUUCCGCUGCAAGAGCGCAUCGCGCAUGCAACGUGUGCUUGGCGUUGUUCUCGUGCUGACGACGUUUCACCGCAAAUUUUGAAUCGAGCAUGGCAAGUACGUCGCUGUAUCGUCGCAGCUAAAAGCCUUGCAUGAGCACACAUGCACACGACGGCCGAACUACCGGUAUGAAAACGUGCCGAUUAGGUUUCUCAUGUUGACAGAUCUCGCGCUACAGGUGCGUCGUUGCGCUCUGACACAACACGGAAGCAACCACAGGUGCGGUGUGGCAGUACACAAAGGAACGGCAUAGCAGUGACGACGCUGUAGCCUGAAACGUUUUUUUCGCCGUUUUCACAAGUUGCAUUUUGAGUAUUGUCGACCGCGAAGGAAGCGCGUUGUGCGGGCACGAUGGAUGUCGACCAAGUUUUCCACCUCGUUGGCGAGGUGGGGCCACAACAGAUUCUCUACUUUAUUUACACGGCAAUCCUCGGCGGGUUGUUUGUCAGCGGUGAGAUGCUGCAAAUUGUGUUCACCGGUGCUGCGCCGGAGUUUCAGUGCUGGAAUGGCUCGACACCUUCAACGGCUGGCUGCGACGCGAACAACCGAUGCGAGCACCCGCACUACACUUCCAGAUUCACGUCAAUAGCCACCGAGUGGAAUCUAAUCUGCCACGAUGAAUACUUGGUGAAGAUGGUGCAAGCUGUCUUCAUGGCCGGCGUCAUGACUGGUGCCUGUGUGUUUGGCUACAUCUCCGACAAGUUUGGACGGCGACGCACGCUUCCGUUCGCAGCCAUAGGCAUUUCGGCCAUAACCUUCUUUGGGGCCUUUGCACCAAGUCUGGCCCUACAUGCCACCUGUCGCUUCUUUGCCGGCAUGACCACGGCAGCCGUAGCACUCGUUACGUUUGUGCUUAUGACGGAACUAAUUGGACCGUCCAAGCGAGCACUACUGGGGACACUGUUCCCAGGUGUGUUCGCUUUGGGCAUUGGACUGCACGCCGCACUUGCCUAUUUCAUUCCGGACUGGCGCCACUACACCAUUGCCACAGCAGCCCUGAGUGCUCUCUUUGUACCGCUUGCCCUGCUUCUGCCCGAAAGCCCACGUUGGUUGCUUCUGCACGGUCAGCGACCCCAGGCACGAGAAGUCCUCUUGGAAAUAGCUGUGCGCAAUGGCCGAGCGCAUUGCCUGCCGCGCACCUGGGACCUGCAGGAGCCCAAAGUGCACCACAAGGGAUCCAACCCAAUGGCACUGUUCACUAGCUCCACCUUGCGCAUUCGAACUCUCAUCCAAAUCCUGCUUUGGUUAGUGAAUGGAAUCACCUACUACGCUCUGACAAUGGCUGCCAGCAGUUUAGGUGGUGACCUUUACAUGAGCACAGCCCUGUCUGGCAUGAUCGAGAUACCGGGAUACCUGCUGUCGGCAGUUCUGCUAAGUUAUGUUGGCAGGCGGCACUCAUUGUGUGCUGUGAUGCUGGUUGGCAGUGUGGCGUCCGUUGCACUACAGUUUUCUGGACACUUCCACUACAGCACUGCAGUGCGCGACGUUGUCUCACUGAGCGCCAAGAUGUGCAUAUCGAUGUCCUUUGCCAUCAUCUAUGUCUAUUCAGCCGAGCUCAUGCCCACUAUUGUGAGGAACGUUGGAAUGGGCAUUGUUUCUGUCGCAGCAAGAAUUGGUGGCAUAAUCUCUCCAUUUGUGAGCUUGCUGGACAACUUGAUUCCGGGGCUGCAGUUCACUGUGCUUGGCAUCAUUAUGCUUGUCUCGGGACUGUCCGCUCUCGCACUUCCAGAGACUGGGGGCCAGCAUUUGCCCGAAACCAUAGAGGAAAUCGAGGAUGAAGACAAGCGUCCACUUCUGUCACCAACAGCGUCGGGCGUCUUCUCCAGGGUGUCCACGAACGAAGGGAUUGUCCGAUCAUCCAGCAGUUCCGAAGACGAGCUGUACUCUGUGCACCAACGGCCGACCGUCACUUACGGAUCAUAGUACCACGGGCACUCAAAACCACGUGACAAGGGUACAAAGCACUCAGAGCCGUUGUGGUGGACUGUGCCACGCUGCAUCGGAGGUCUCAGUUUCAGCGUUGGCAUGCUGGAAGCGCCUUGCUUAAUGCCAAGUGAGAAAUCGACCAUACACGAAGGUUGUGCUGGUGGUUUCCACGUCACCAUUGAUAUUCGUCGAUACCUGACUGUCGUAUGCAUCAGUAAGCUGCUGACUGGAUGCAGCUGCGCAACUGGUCGCCCGGGCAUUCCGUGUUUGUGGUAAGCCGAAAGUGUUGCGUGCAGCAAACCGUGGACCAAGAUACUGUGAGACUUGUGCAUUCCACAACAACCACUUCUGUGUCGACGAGUGAUGCUUUCAGCAGCACUUGAAUGAGCUAGGUUACGUAGCCAGCUUUCCUUAUACGCUUUGUGCAUCAUAAAUUGCGGUUCUGUGAAUCAAGCUGUUUUAGAAGCUGCACAGGUUCAUUAUGUGCCGUUUUUUCGUCUUCUUUUCCAUUUUUGGAGUUUUUUAUGAGACUUUGCCCAGGUCAGUGUCCUGGAGACCUGUUUCUAACUCUGUUGCCGCAAGGUUGUGUACAGAUACUCUUGAUAGACCAAGUUAUGUGAAUAGAUGCUGAAGAACUGUGAGUGCAAGUUGGUAUAUAAUACCAGUACUGCCAUAUGGCAGUCAUAUUUUUCUUUCCAUUUUCUGGAGUUAUGAAAAGCUUCUAUGGACAGGUGUUUUUAAUGAUAGUUUUCCUAUAUAUGUUAUUUUUGUUUCCCUUUGUGAUGGAAGGGAAGACUCUGCCCUAAAGGUAACUUGUACAUGGAUGCUUCUCUGUUUAUUAUUUUUUUAGUUUAGAAAGUUUUGUCUACUGUACAAACAAAACUUUAUACAAGUAUGUCUCGUUGAGAAACUUAUUUACAGUGGACAAUCACAGGCGCAGUUCUGAUAAGCUGUAAAUUAUAGGAAAACAAGAAAAAGAAAUCCUCAUACACUGUUCACAAGGAGUGUUCCUUUCUGUUUGUAUUUGAAUGCUGAUUCUUCAAUGGCUGUCAGCUGAGCCAACCUACCUGUUUAAAUGCUGACGCGAAAUUGAACCAGCAGAAAUGAUACUGCAUAAUUUUGUAGAAGCCUUUGUAUAUGACUGCAGGCAUUUGUGAAGUUAAAACCCUACUUGCUUGCUAGGAAAAAUGCUUGGUCAUUUCUUUUUACCAUGAAAAUUUGCUUUAGCUGUACUUUGUGAAUGAGUAGAAGUUUCUGUUAAGAAGUACUGUGGUGAUGUCUUGCACUCACUUUAUCCUCUUUUUUUUUUUCCUGGUAAUUUUGUUCACUAGCCAACACUCUGAGAAUAAUGUGUAGUGCAUACCUGUGUACUGGUGGUGAAAGGUGUGUGCAAAACCAAAUUAACAUCCUGCUGUCUACACUAGCAGAAAAAUCAUUGUAUUAUAAAAACCGUGUUGCUGUUAGUAAAGGAAGUGUGCUGGUCUUUAUAUAGCUGACGUUGCUUUAGUUUUUAACGCUGUUGCAAUGAAUAUGGCUGUGCGAUGUUUAUACUGAAGACCUCCAACAACAUUCCUCGUUACAAACACAGUGGUCAAACACAGUUUACGAGUGCUUUACACCACAGUAUUCUUGGUCAUGCUUGCCGAGCAAGCCUGCCAUUGUCUGAUGGGGCCAGUAUACAGUGAACGACUGGGUGGAAACAUUUUUAGGUCCCUCUACUACGAGCCAUGCUAAUCAAUGCUUCAUAGAGCUACAUACACGAAUCAGAGCUGCUGUUUACACAUGAGAGAUUUAUCUCUCGGAGUAAUCGCUUUUCCACCGUACACCUCCAGCCUUCAUCAGAAGUUUUCGAACUACUGCAAGAAUUUGUUAAAAACUGUCAGUGCUGGGGGGGGGGUGGCAUGCAAAUGCUACUGUAGCUCUGCUGUAGCAACAAUAAGGCAAGGGAUACUGCUUCCUUUUCAGCUCCAGGCAAUUUUUAGUGCCAAAGAAUCCAGGUGGUUGACCUGAGGACAGUUCCAGUGAUGCAUGCAGUGGCUUUCAAACUUUUGAUAGAGACUGCAUCUUGACAUAAAAGGCUUGUCAAGGCUGUGCAUAGUCUAUAUCACAUGAGGACAGUUCUGAAAUCACAUGCCUUGAUAAGGGGAACAAUGAAGCCAAUUGUCACAAAACUAAGUGCCUUAUCUUUAGUAACUUUUUUGUGCGUUGCUCAUAGGAAAACAAAAGGUAAUGGUGCAUGCUGCGUGUAAUCAUGCUGCAUGCAGCAUGUUAUCGUAACAGAGAGCAGUUGGAUAAGAUGUGGAUUUGCCAAAUUUGUACGCUCCUCUGCAAGAUGAGAUGCACUGGAAGGAUGCGUAUGGCUUCAAAAAAGGCAUGGCAUGCCAUUUGGAAAUCUCUGUGAACAGUUGCCAAAUACUAACUUGCGGUUUCUUAUUUUACACUAAUUGGUUUGCUUCUUGCAACUAGUAAUUGAAGUGUUUGUACAUUAUUCCAUCGACGGUGUUUGCAGUCAGAAUGCUGUGUAUCUUAUAACUGUAGCUUCUUUGUACAGUUUUUUCGAUGUAUUUUUUCAUUGUGACACCAUUGUGACUGUGCUGGAGUCCGCAUGCUAGUUCAGCAGCAGUCAUUAGACAUUGCACAUUUCUGACAAUUUUCAUAUUUUGCAUGUCAUUGCAUGACCUCGACAAAGGUAAUGUUGUUCUUCACAUACCUUGACUUUGGCAUAUCAGAACCAUUUGCAGAAGCCGGCAGUACAUACCAGUUUGUGCUUUAGCUUAGUUCGUAACAUCAAAGUAUUCUUUUCAUAAAUUGUCGUAAGCCGUGCUUUUGUUGUACAUUCUAUGUUUCGUAUCAUUCGGUGAUAUAAAACUUACUGCUUUGCAGCAAUCUCUCUUCAUAGUUUCAAAAAUAUCGACGAUAUGGGUGUGCUUUGAAGACAUGGACAGGGAAGAGACAGGACACACACUGCGCAUGGACAGAGUGAUAGGCCAUCAGUCUGUCCUUGCACAGUGCGUGUCCUGUCUCUUCAAAGCGCUUCCACAUUGUCGACAUGCAGAACCAACUGGCCCAAUUAAGUGCGAUUCAAAAAUGUGCUGCCUUGCUUUGUUAUGUCGCUGUUUACAAAUUGUAUCGACAUUUCGGUGCUCAACUCUGUUGAUGUAUGAAGUCAUCCACUAAUACAGCCAAACUUCAAUAUAAAAAAACAUGAAUGUAGCAAAUUAUUAACUGAGAACAGUAGCGCAGAGAGUCACGCGGACGGCGACAGGUAGACUGGACACAGCGGGAACAACCAACUAGCCCAUCAGUCUGUCCUUCUGAGCAAAUUAUCGAAUACAACAAAGCCUAAAUUCCUUCAUGCCUGCCAACAUUCAUGUGUUACAGAUAUAUGCUUAUAAUACUCUGUAUAAGAAACUAAUUAAUAAUUAAUAUUUGGGGUUUAACGUCCCAAAACCACAAUAUGAUUAUGAGAGACGCCGUAGUGGAGGGCACCGGAAAUUUCGAUCACCUGGGGUUAUUUAACGUGCACCUAAAUCUAUAAGUACAUGGGCCACAACAUUUUCGCCUCCAUCGAAAAUGCAGUCGCCGCGGCCGGGAUUCGAUCCCGCGACCUUCAGGUCAGCAGUCGAGCACCAUAACCAUUAGACCAUCGUGGUGGGGCACUGUAUAAGAAACGAAAGAAGGGGAAUUUUAAGGGCUUUUUUUUUUCUUAGACACAACAUUAAUGAAAACUAACAGACAAUCAAGCCUAGGGAUGUUAAGGGAGUAUGAGGGAUGUUACUUGUAGUAAUUGUGAUAUAAGUGAGAAGAAAUUAAAGUCGACGAAAAGAUAACUUACCGCCGGCAGGGACCGAACCUGCAACCUUUGAAUAACACGUCCGAUGCUCUAACAAUUGAGCUACGGCGGCGGCCAUCCUCUCGUCCACUUUAUAUGGUACAUCUGUGCAUUUAAACCUGGGAGUGUUAAUCAGUGCUGCUCGCAGUCAUGAUGGCGAGUGUGGAACACUCUUUCUUUUGCCAGGUGGCGUCGCGUAGCACGUGAUCUUUUUACGAGCUGGCAGCUGGCCAAUAAUCCAUUGAAUGUAUAAGAAAGGCAUUUUUGUCUGAUGUAAUUUCGUUUUAGUGAGGCUCCAAGGUAGGAUAAAACAACCGCAUUAAGGUUGUCUGUUAUUACUUUACAUGGUUGCAUAAAUCCUCGAGAAUGAAAGAUUAGCCUGCUGGGCCUCACAACAGAUCUAUUCUGAUGUAAGCACUCUUCAUAUCAACAGCCCUUCAAACUCCUUUUGUGUUGUGCUUUAAAUAUAGCUCGCCAGUAAAAGGCUUCAUAUUUUGAAAAUAGCAAACUGUCAGCAUAUGUCAAAGUAGUGGCGGCCUCCUUUAGAUAUCUUGACGUUAAGGUAUGACAUACAAUAGAUGUCUAUGGGCCAUUGACUCUGCCUCUUACGUGCUUUUGCCAUUCACAUUACAGCGAGGUCAAAGUGUAGAGAACGUCACCUGCCACUUCAGCGCAUCCUCUAGGCUAAGAUUUCAAUGAAUGCGUUAUGAAGUUGUGGCUUCAUUUGACACUCGUUGGUUUGAAAUUGUAGUGUCAGCCAGUAAUUGUAACAAAAGUUGCACGGUCUAAGAAGAGUAUUUUUUUUUUAAGGUUCAUAGAGACUUAGGUUCUAGAAUAAUUCUUUACUCCUGACUUUCUGCUUUACCAAAUUGCUUUAUUUUGUUUUGUUCAUAUUCCCCACUUCAUUACUUAUAUCUGUACUUUCUUAUUAAUCUAUUGUUAAUAUUUUCAAUUUUUGUUUCAUUUUUACUUCUUUCAUCUGCAGAAAUGUUCCAAUUUUCGUGAUUCUAAACGAUUUUCUCUAAUUUAACACAACAAGUAUUAACAAAAUAACACAGAGCUUUCGCUGUCUAUGCAGGUGGCAUCUUCAGUAUACACUGGCAACAAAUGAGCAGAGGUCGCCCAGUGUACUACUAGUCACACAUGUCCUUGUACGUAUUUGACAUAAGUCACAUACGUACAACCAGAUCGAAGGAUGUAUGUGACAUAUGUCCUUUGAUCUUUUAAUAGACAAAAUCAUUGUACUCUACUUUAUGAAAACAGCAUAAACCAACUUAAUGUGCAAUAUUCAUGUUGUCAUUCCAUCUCCAUUACAGUCGAGUUAGCUAGCGCUUCCCAUAAGCGGUGCUGUGCAGUUUUUCUCUCAUGUUAGUUGCGGCCCAUAAACAUUUACAAAACUAAUUCACUUUGUCACAAGAUGGGCGACUUUGUAGAUUGUUUUAAUACUGGCUUCCCACACAUAAACCUCUGAGAAGGUGGUUUCACUGCAGCGUAGGGCUACUAUGCCAUGAAACCACCUAUCCAGGGAAAACCAGCACUACCGCGAUGCCACAAUUGAAGGUUAAUCGUGCAUAUUACCUGAACCUCAAUUAUUUUGUUUUUAAGUUUAAAAGUGCAUUUCACAGGCUUAUUUGUGCUAAGUAUAGUAAAUUUUAAAAUUUAACAUAUUUUAUUGCUUAUAACCUGCACCAUACAACUAUUCAGAGUUACUUCCACUCUACUUUGAACCAAAAAAGUGAAAUUCAUACAAGUAUAGUUCUUAGUCUUAAAUAAGGUGGGUCAGGGGAAAAUGCUCAUUGUUCUUCAUGUAGUGUUUGUGAAGGGAGGCACCGAGCACCAGUGGUGCCUCCCUUCAACUUCUAUUUUGGCACAUUUGGUAACCAAUUUUCCUGUUGUUUUCAGUUAAAAUGCAUUGUUUUUAAGCUUUUCUCUCGUGUCAGGUGAUGUGCAUGCAUAUCCUGCAAAGACUGAGUCACUAAGUUGUACGCAUGUUGGUAAACUGGCGGCUAGCAUGCUGCUCACAUGCUGCCUGCCAUCUACACUGCAGCAUCGUGCCAGUUUAUAAUGCUGAUGCACAGCGCAUGUUCCCGUGUGAACUUGACAAAAACGUGUGAACUUGAUAAAAACAAAUGAAGCUGGACUGUUUAUCUUCAGAUUUCACUACUUGAAGCUUAUAUUAUAUUAUAUUAUGGCAACAACUAAUCAAAUUCAGUCUAUGGCUUCACAGAAACACUGCUUCAAGUUGUAAUGUUCCUACUGUCUUGUCGGCUGGAAUGUUCCGAAAUUGCUCUAUCUAUUCUACAUAAGCUGUACAUAGGCACACUGAACUUACAAUUAUUUAUUCAUUUAAUUGCAACUUAUGUGUGGCCUGAUGCUCUAACAAGAGGGAAAAUCUGAAUCUGAAAACUGUGCUUUUGUUUCUAUGUAUUUGUUAUUCAAAGUGAUAUUAUUUGUUGUUUGGUAAUAAAAACUAUAUUCAUGA